GUCCUAUCUGAAGAAGAUACUUGCGCCCCCCUUAUGUAGGCGCCGUGGAUGAGUGCCGCAUUUGCUGCCCCACCCCUCUUUGCACAGCCCUGUGUAGACCUAAAGGGCUGUGCAUAGAAAGUAAUUCUAAAAAGGGCUCCAUACGUCAAAAAGGUUUGCUUUAGGGCUUACUCAUACAAAUAAAAGAAAGUAUGCUAGCCUUAGUUUAAAAAAGGUUAUCAUUUGUAACUACAAACCUUGAAACUUUUGAAAGAACUAAAUUUAGCCCAUUAGUUUUACAAUUUAAAUCUUUUCCUAUAACAUUGAAAUAGCUGCUAAGACCUUAUGGGUUUUUGCAUAGCAGAUGUUUGAUAUUUUCUCUAUAAAGAUACAGAAAUAUGGAUUUACAAGAACUUACCAAGCUACUGAAAACACAACUGGCUCAUCUUCUUUUAACUGUGAGUUAAUUUCUUAAUAUUUAAAUUAAAUUUCAGUCACUUUAUGCUUAAUUUAUUAUAAAUCUAUGAUUUUUUAUAUAAAUAAAGACACUAAUAUUUUUUGUCUGCCACAACUUUAAUUUUUAACAGAUUCAUGAAGCAAAGGACCUAGUUAUUGAUCCUGACUUGACUAAGCCACUUGACAGAGUUGCUGGAGUAACCUUUUUAAGGGUAUCAAUUCAUAACUGUACCACUUUUUAUGUGUAUUGAUAUUUUAACUGUAGAAUUAGAAACAAUAUAAGAAGUCAUUGUUGCGUUACUGGGUUACAUUGUUUUAUAUAUUUAUAUAUAUAUAUAUAUAUAUAUAUAUAUAUACACACACACAUACAAAGAAAAGAUUGAUAAUGUUAUAGGUAUAACAAUGAAAUGUAAAAAAAUUUUAAAACUACAUAACAGUGUGAAUAACAAUGUUCCUUUGGGAGAUUCAUGUACACAUUCUGUCACUUUUUGUCUCUCUUUACCUUCUGUGUUCUAUACUGCAUGAUCUCUAUUGCUUUUUACAUUACUUGUUUUCAUGGCAGCAUACUUUUUGUUUUUAUUUAUUUUUUUUUCAUUCUUUUUGAUUUGGACAUUAUAUAUUUUUCUUAUAUUUUCAGUUUAGACAGAGUCUUAUUUUGUUUAAAAAAACCUCACCAAUUUAAUUAAUUUUGUUUGACACUCUUAUGAAAAAAUAGUAUGAAAAUCUAUUCAUUAGUUCUAAUAAAUCAUGCCAAUCUUAUGCUGCAUCUUAACUUUAGGAACAUGGUGUUGAUAAAAUAUUCAAGCUGGAAUCAGGACAAAAGAGCUUACCUGGAUGUGAAAAGUAAUUUAGUUUAAAUGCUCCUUAUGUACAAUCACUAUUGCAUUGAACUAGAGAGAGAAACCUAAAUUAUCUUUGAAUUAAUCUUUCUUUUUGUGAAUUUUGCAAAUUACUAUAUAUUUUAGUUAAAAUGCAUAUAUAAUUAGUUGAUCAGUAAUGGAAAGAAAAUUGAAUGGGACAUUCUUUCUUGCUUUGUUAAUAUUUUUAAAAAUUCCUUUUGAAACAGAAAAUAUAGUUUGAAAUAAUUUUUAAUGACAUGCUUUUCUAUAAAUAUUUUAGUCGUAUUUACCUUGUUCGCCCACGAUUAGUGACCAUGAAGUAUAUUGCUGAUCAAAUUAAUUGUGAAAUAGGCAAAGGGGAGAGGAGAAAUUAUAAAAUUGUGCUUGUUCCUCGAAAGGUAAUUAUAAAUUAGACUAGUUAUAAAUUAUUUAACACAUCUUUAGAACUAAAAAAUUUUAUAGUAAAAACUAAAAAAAAAGUCAUAUUUAUUCCACCAAAUAAUUUUGCUUAUAAUUUUUCUGCAGCUCUACAUAUGUGAAUCUAUAUUAGAAAGUGAAGGGGUUAUGGGACACAUCAGCAUUGAUGAAUUUCCCCUUGACUUAUUACCUCUAGACACUGACCUCCUGUCCUUUGAAUUACCUGAAUUUUUUACAUCUUUUUACAUGGUAUGUUUACAAUAUUUCAAAUCACAUGAAACACUUCUUCUUCAUCAUCAUCAUUCAGAUCCAGUGGCCAUUUGGGCAUGUAUCCUUUGGCCUGUGGCAAUUGUGAAGAAUUUACACAUUCUCCGCUACCGUUUUGUUUAUUGCUUCAUAAGCAACCAUAAAAUAUUGUGAGUUAGAUAUCAUGAACUCUGUAAAUGUGAGGAAUCAUUAAAUUGUUUCUUUUUAAAAUAUAUGUUCCUCAAUUUUUUGUUCUUAAAAUGUUUUUAGAGUACUCUUAAGAUUAAUUAUUUAAAUUGUAAUGGUUUUUAAAUGUUGUCUUGGUAAGAAUAUUAAUCUGAGUGCUGAAAAUAUAUAAAUAAUGAAACAACAUUUCCAUUCAUUUUGAUCAAUGUUUGUUUAUAAAAUUGGAAAGUGACCUCUGCUGCAUAAUUUAAUCUUCCAGUUUCAUGCUGCUUAAUGUAUCUUCACCUUUUUAAAAAGCAAAAUCUUCUCUCAUAUUUUCAAAUACCCGCAGUCACUAAAUUUAAAAAAAAAAUCUUAUUUAAAAUUGAUUUGUCUAAUAGGAUCAUGAUACUACAUGGCUUCACACUGUAGCAUCUUCACUUGUAAACUUACAGAGGUUGUUUGGAAAAAUACCAAAUAUUUAUUGUAUAGGAAGAGGUUCCAAGGUAAAAUUACUUAAAAUUACACUAAAUAAUUCAUAUAAAAUACUAAAAUGUUUUUAAAAAAUUUGAAAAAUAAUUUAUUGAAAAAAUUGCUUUUGAAGUAUUUAGUAAAGGGCUCCUAUUUAUGUCAUGUCUAUUCAUCCAUAACAGUUUUUAACAAAACUGUAAUUUGUAAUCUAUUUUUUUUUAAAGAUUUGAUGAUAAAAAUUUGAUAAAAGUCUUACAACUUUGCAGAUUGUUUAUGAUUUAAUGCAAGCAAUGUGUGAGACCCAGAAUGAGCAUAAAGAUGCAAAACACCACAUAGGGCAACUUUUUAUUAUAGAUCGAGGUAAUAAUAAGUCAUUACUUAGCUGGUAUUUAUCCCUCAAUAAAAGUUUGUCUUGAAAUGUUGGUAAUUCAGAGUAAUUUAACUUUUUAAAUUAGACCUUAUAAAAAUUAUGAAUAUUAUCACUGCUUUCUCAUUAUUUGUUAGUGAUAACUGAAGUGAAUCUAAAAAAAAGUAUAAAAAAAAAGAAAAAUUUAUAUUUAUUUUUAUAAGUUUAAUAAUAAAAGCACACAUAAGAACAAUAUGGAAAUACUGUUGUCUGUUAAAGCCACAAGCAUGGAUAAUUUUGCAACAUUUAUUAAUAUAUUGUAGUUUUCUUUUUCAGAUGUGGACUAUGUUUCCCCAUUGUGUACUCCAAUGACAUAUGAGGCAUUGCUGGAUGAAACUUUUAACAUCGAUUGCUGUUAGUUAAUUUUGUAUUUUGAUAAAGAAAAUUGUUUUUUUGGUUUACAUUAGGUUGCCAUUACUGGACAUUCCUUUUGAUGUACCUGGACACCUUUAGAAAGCACAAAUUGACAAGAAGUAAAGCACAGUCCUUUUUUAGUUUGAAAAAAAUAUUACACCAACAGUUAAACUAAUGCUAGACAAAUGUUAAAAUUAGUGCAUAGUAAAAACUAAAAUGUCAAAUUAUGUUUGCAGUAUGGUUUCAGUGAACAUUUAAGUAGCAUAAAAUAGGAACUAAUGUUUACUUUCUUAUUAGUAUUACCAACAUUCCAGGCUAAUUUUUUAUGUCCAGCAGGGAGCUGCAAAACAAGCAACAUCCCUUUCUGUACUUGGCAUUUAUAAAAAACACAUUAUAUUUUUAAAAAAUUUUUUGCAACAAUUAUAGAAAUAUUCAAAUUUGUCAACCUUAAAGGUAAGCUCAAAAUGCAAAAUGGCUCCAACACACUGCUGGUUCUGUCUUGUAAUAUUUUUUUUUUUUUUUAACUUUAUUUUUUAUCUAGCAUUACUGUAGUCUACCUUGCAGUUUUUAGCAAUACUUAAAAUAUUCGAUUUAAGAUACUCAAUUGCAGAUGUAACUUAAUGUUCUUUAUCACUUAAGUGUUUACUUACAAAGCUUUAAGCUUUUUAAAUUGUAUUCCUUAAUGCAUUAGGUUCAAUUUAUUUGAGUAUUUAUAUUCUUUCUUUCUCAGCCAUAGUUAAUUUUGAAACGGAUGUAACACAUGAAGCUAAAGCCUCUAAACUGCUCCUCACCAGUCAAGAUGAGGUAAAUGAGAUAGUGUAAUCCCAUGUCCCAUAAAUUUAGUCAAAUUAAAACAGUAAUAUAGGCUAUUUCAUUUUAACAAUUCUUUACAUUUCAGAUUUAUAGUCAGAUCCGAGAUUGUCAUUUUGCUCAUAUAUUUUCAUAUCUUAGUGGAAAGGCUAAAGAGCUUCAAGGACUUCAUGAUGUAAGCCAUAUAUAUGUGCACGAAUAAAUGAUUAAAUAUGUAAUCAUUAAGAUAGGUGCUAUAUAUUUGUAGAAAAUAUUAAAAAUUUUGGUGAAAAAACGUAUAAAUUUACCUUCAUGUACUUAAAAAAAAUAAGAUAAUACAUAAAACAUUUAGAAAGAACUAUCUGUGUAAGAAUUAUAUAUCAUAGACUAUUGAUACAUUUUAAUGAUUGUAUGGGAGAGUUGUAUAUAGUUGAACAUGAUCAAAUAAUACCUUUAAAUGCUGUAAAUAUUUUCCAAUUUGAUGAUAGAUAAAAAGUUAACAUUAAUUUGUCAUUUUUACAGAAAAAAAAUAAUCUAAAAUCAGUAGGAGAUAUGAAACAAUAUGUUGCAAAUGAACUUCGCAUCUUGAAACACCAGCAGAAAUUACUGGGCAUUCGUAAGUAUUAAUUUUGAAAGAAUUUAUUAGAAAAAUUUAUAAAAUAAAAGCUUUUUUAAAAAGUACCUUUACAAUUGUAAUUAUUAGAAAAUUAUUUUAAUAUUUUUUAUUUUCAUUGGUUGAUUUAUUGCCAUUUUACUAUUAUAAAAAAAUCAUUUACCAUAUAUAUUUGUUCAAAAGCCAAAUUUUUUUGGAAAUAUUUCAGGGGAAUAAAUGAGUGGGUCAUGGGAAAUUUUUAUAAUUUUCUUCAGGUACAUUGAUUCUUAUUCUAUUAUAGAAAACAAUGAAGAAAAUAGUUAUUAACAGAAGUCAACAUAACCAGACUGCAAAAUUGACAGUGUGUAAAAUUUGUUUGGAUGGAAGGCUGGUCUUUGUAUCUCAUUCUUACAAUACAUUCCCAACUGUUCCAUGCCACAUGGUCAAGAUUGUCAUAUUUUAUAAGAUUGUAGAAGCAUUUGAAAUCUAUUUUUAGAACGUUCAUGGUUUGAUAACAAGCUUCAGACUUAUUUAAACUUGCUAGUUGAUUUUUAUAGCAGAAUAUGUUUGUAUGACAAGGCGACAAUGCAAUUCUUUCCAAAUGGCAGUCAUUUAUUUAUAAAAAUAUACAGAAUUGUUACCUUAUAUACCGGUAUGCAUGCAAAAGAAGUGUCUGUUUUAUGCAGAAUCCUGUUUGUUUAUUAGUUUUUAAUCUUUUUACUUACACAAAAAUUAUUUUUUGAUUUAAAAAAAAAAAAUUAAAAAAAAAAUAAUUUGUUUCUUUAGUACCAUAAAGAGAUAUAUUAUUUUAUGGUGUUGGCUAGUGAGCGGGUCACACACUUUUCAAGCUUUUCCUAGCCAAAACUAAGUGGUUUAGCUUAUGAAAAAACGUGCCUAUGAACAAGUAUCUUCUGUAAAUAUUUUAAAUUAGUCAGAAGUCAGAUUAAGAGAUAAAUUUGUUAUUGUUUUUUAAGCAUGAGCAUAUUUUUUUUUUUUUUUAAAAACAUUAAUUUCCAUUUUAGAUAUUGGUGCAUGCGAAGUGAUUAUGAAGACAAAAAAGUCUCAGGACUUUGAUGAAUUCAUCAAAGCAGAGCAGAGUAAGUAACAUACUUAAUAUUUAAUUUUCCAAACUGGAAUGUAGUGAGAUCUGAAGCAUGAGAUAGGUGACAAGCUGUGCAUUUAAUGUUUUGCAGUUUGUGCAAGUUUCCAAGUUAUAACACAUCACAAAAUGUUUUUUUUCAAACAAUUUAUAGAAAUUAAACCCCCUUGAAAUGAAUUGAUCAGAAAUAAAACACAGUGUAGAGGAAAACGUGAAUAGAGACUGAAACAAGGGAUGUUUUGGCUGAAAGCCUUCAACAGGAACCAAAAACAAAUGACAACAGAGAACAAAAGCAUAUCUUAGCUUGGAAGAGUCUAACAGGAAAUCGUAUUAUAAAAAAAAUUUUAAAAAAAAUAAAAUUUAGUGUUAAAAGAAAAAAAAAAAAAAAAAAAAAAAAAAAAAAAAAAAAUUCAAAUAGGAGGGGUACCGAAGAUCACUAUAAUAAAGUGAGGGUUGCAUAGGUAAGUUCCUCAAUUCAUUUGAUCAAAAUCAAAUUAAUAGUGUUGCCAUGGGCACUAAAAUGGGAACCAGCUAUACUUGUCUUGAACACCCAAUGGAGCAAAUUACCCAGGGCGCCUAAUUGAAAUUUAUGGAAAUUACAUCAACAAUAGUGUUGGCAUCACCACCAUGUCUCCAUUUACACCUAUCAGGGUGAACUUGAGCUCUUCAAUAACUUUAUAUGCUCUUUCCACUCAUCCACUGUUUUGUUUUGUCUUUCUUUAGGUUUUCUCCUACCCUGUGUGUUACAUAGAUAGAUAGAUAUUUUUAUUGAUCCUAAUAAAUGGAAAUUUUUUAUUUUUUAUUAAUGGUACAUAUUUUUUUUCAGUUCAGUCCUGAAAAUGCUUGUUUGAGUUUUUUGUUUUUCCAUAAAAUUAUGUUGUAGCAAGACAUUCUGUAAAUUGUGCUGUAAGUAUAACUGUUGAGUUCUUGAGUGAGAACAGUCUUGAAUUUUUUUUUGGAACAGAGUUCUCGUUUUUCCUCUCCAAUAUCAGGGACACUUCUUUUGUCUGUAGCUGAUUUGUCUUUAAAUGGUUGUUUUGAUCUACCAUAUCAAUUUUUUCUAAUAUGAUGGAUAUUGCUUUGUCUUGGUUUAUGGCAACAAAGUUCACAAAAAAUCCAUGUAACAGCUGUUCCUCAUGAUAAAAAACACAAGAUUAUCAGUCAAAGCAGAUAAAACACAUUCAACACGACUUGAUCCCAAUGUAAACUUUGUAAAACCCACUAAACUAUUACGAAAGCUGAAAAAUAUGCACAGAUGAAAUCCAGUCAGCUGCAGAGCGGCGCCCUGGAAGUAUUACACAGUAAUAUUUCUUGUUUCAAUCUGAACGCUGUCUUCCCCAUAUUCUGCUAGUAAUGAAUUAGCACGAACUACUGGUCUAACUUGUGCUGACCUUUUAUGUUCUUAUGUGUUUACACAACUACCGGUAGCAGCUUUGAUACUUAAAAAAUUAAGGAACACAAUUUAGUAUAAUUUGUUUAAAAGCACACUUUGACUAUGGAAAUGUAAUGUGCAGAACCAGAAUGUUAAAACAAAAUUUUUACUGUACUUUUUUCUUAAAUUUCAACAAAAUAAAAGAGAAUCAUCAUAGUUAUUCUAUACAAAAUUAUAACUUUUAUAUUUCUAAGGUUUAUUAGAAGGCACAGAAAUCAAAGAAAAUAUGUCUUACAUUGAGGAAUGCAUACAUAAACAAGUAAGUAAUUGCACAUUUCCUUUCAAAGAAAUGAAAACUUCAUUGAAAUAAAACAUUUGUGACUGAUGAUAUUUGAAACUAUAUUAAAAUAAAAGACCAGAUAAAUGUAUAAAAUAAUUAUCAGUUCAAAUGAAAAAUUUGAAAGUUUUUUAAAAAUUGAAAAUGCUAAGAGACAAAUAAUGCCUCCCACCUUCCUCUUUGUAUUUUAUGUGCUUAUUUUUUAAUCUAAAAAUAUCAUUGCAAACUACAAGCAUUAUAAUGCCAAUAGGUGAUAUGUUUAUAAAUUCCCGCUACAAUGGCAUUACUUUUGGUUCUAACAUGAUUGAGAAUCAAUGCUUUGCUUUAAUGUGGAUGGUAAAUGAGAAAAAAUGUUUUUUUUACUAUAAUUAUUCUAUUUGGGGAAUAGUUUAGUUUUUCUUAGGCUAAAUAAAAAAAGUAACCAUAAAAAAAAAAAAACUGAAAUGAAAAGUUCAUGGCAAAAAUUUUGAUAGCCAUUAGACUCAGGGCUUACUGUUGAUGAAAUAUGAUUGGAAAUCGUACUUUUGUUUUUGUUUUUUUUACACAUUUUUUUGAGUUGCAAAUGGUGGUAAAGAAAGACAUAAAUAUACAGUAACCAAUUUUCCCCAUUGAUUUUUAUCCAUAGUUUUAAUUAGAUUAGGUUGGGAAAAACAAAAUAAGUUUAUUUAGAAAAUGACAUCAUAAGGACUUAUUUCAAAUUUUAUGUGUUGUGUCUUUCCAAUGUAAAUACUUGGUUUCCUAAAAUGCAUGACAUUAAUCAAUUAACAUUUUUAAAAUGAAUUUUACUCCAGUAUUAAUUGAACAUAUAUAUUAUUUAUAUAUUAAACUUAUGGAGAUUUCCAUUUUUAGUUUAUUCAUAUUUCUUCACAAAAAUUCAGUGAAUUUCCUUUUUUUUAAUAUAUAUUUAUUUACAGUUUUCUUUAGUUCAGACAUUGCGACUACUUUGUCUUCUUUCUCUUACCCAAGAAGGCCUCAACCCCAGGGAUUACAAGGCCUUUAAAACAGGUUUUCUUCAUGUAAGCCUAAAACUAAAAUAACGGUAGCUUUUGUGGUCUAGUGUGCUCCUAAUAAUAUUCUGUGUUUGUUAUAUAAAAGAAAUGAGAAUCACUUUACUCUGCAGUCUCUCCUCAAAGUCCUUACACAUGACUUAAAACAUCCAUUAAUUUACUUGACAUUGUUUUUAAUUACUUUGAAUGAAUAUUUAAAGACCCUCAACCCAACUUUAAACAAAAUUAAUUCUAAAUCAUAGUUUUUAUAUUAAAAAAAAGGUUCUCAUUGAUAUUGCAGAGCCAUGGAUUUGAGCAUCUUGUUACGUUUUUCAACCUGAAAAAAUUGGGAAUCUUGACUGAGCAAGAAACAGCCCCAAACUCAAUUUCAAGGAAGUCAAAUUAUAAAUUUUACAAUCGGAAAUUUAAUCUGGUCCCUAAACAGUCUGCUGACUUGGACUUGAAGAAUCCCAAAGAUAUAUCAUACAUAUUUAGUGGAGCCUACACACCAUUGCCUUGCAAGUUGGUUGAGCAGGUGAGGUCAACACAAUAUUUAUAUUGAAUGUAAUUAGAUUUGUACAAUUUUCUGUAAUAAGCUGCUUGAAGAAACAAAAUUGGAAUAAUGAUGAAUAGUGGAGUGCAUUUUUUGAAUGCCAGUGUGCAAAAGAAUCUAUUUUUCUAUUGAGUUUGAAAAGCAAUCCAAUCAAUGGGUUGAUUUUUUAUACAGUCCUGGAAUCUAGGGGAAUUAGCGGCUAUCUUAAAAAUAAAAUAUGUAUCUUUUUUGUGAUUCAGAACUUUUUUGUGUGUGGUAAUUUUGGAGGAGCAGUUUCAGCCCCCUUUUAGCCCUCAAUACACUCAAAGUACUACAAAAAACUUCUAAAGAUCUUCUACACUACUUUAAUUAUUUUUUUUAAAUGAGCACCAUAAAUGCAAAUUAUUUUGUACUAUUGUUAUUAGUCUGAGUAGGUUUAAUGGCUCUAAUGUAUUAUAUUAUGUUAUCUAGAUAAAAUGUUUAAAGAACCAUUAUUUAUAUUGAGAUUUAUUCCUUAUAUCAAAAUCCUGCAACCCACAGAAUUUUGUGCAGAUCAUAUGUGUCACAUCAGUGGUUGAAAGCUACUGUUUUAGAGCAACUAAUUUAUUCAUGAGUUUCAUUAAAGCUUGGCUAUUGAAAGCAUUUUUUAAAAUUUUUAUUUUAAGAUCCUCACUCGUGAGACCCUUAUUGGAUUAGAAGAUGUUGGAAAAUGUUGUGGUGGGUUGCAUUCUGACCUUAAAGUAAAACAAAGAGCUUUUGGACCAGGUGGGUACUCGUUAAAUAAUUUAGCUAUAGGAAUUAUUGUUACUUCUUUGAAUUCAAGUUGUGUUGUUUUUUUUAAAUUGAUUUAAAACAAUGUAAAGCAUUAUAGAUUAUAUUCUAAACAUAUAAGAAAUGGUACUAAGUCUUUUGUUGUGAUUCUCUUAUUUUACAGGGAGAACUGGUCAAGUUAUAACUGACCCUUCACUUAAAGUAGUGCUGGUGUAUUUUCUAGGAGGUUGCACAUACAGUGAAAUUGCUGCCCUACGGUUUCUUGCCAAAACACUAGGUUUGCUAUUUCAGACCUGUUUACUCUUACGAUUUUGGUGUACAAUGUACGAUUUUGAGGUGUACAUUAUAAAUACUGUAUGUUUAUUUUUUACUAUUAAGAUAAUGUAUUGAAGGAUUUUGUGAUGAUAUUGUACGAUUUUUAAGAGUUUGGGGAUAAACAGGUCUGCUAUUUUGUUUAUCUACAUUAUUAAUGAGGCAGAGACAUUUGAAUCAUUGCAUAAAUAAUUUUUGGUAAGGGGAAAACAGUUACUUUACAGAUUAUUCAGCUUGUGUACGGCUCUGUUCACUUCAUCUAUGGUAAUAGUCCCUAAAUAGAUGCUAAGCUUGUCUUUGGCCUCAGCAGAGUUUGCAAGUGGUUAUUAAGGUACUGUGCAGUUUAAGAGCUUUACAGAAUAUUGCUUCCAGCUGUGUAACUCCUUGGUGAUGGUAGUACAAUCUUUUUUUCAGUCUCUGCAAGUUCUUUGCAUUGUUUUUCUUAUCUCUUUCUGUUCUUUACUUCCUUUUCCAUUUUUCUAUAUUAUUAUUAUUAUUAGUGGUGGUUUUAUAUAGCGUGAGUACCCCAGUCUAGGGCUGGGCUCACCACACUGUACAUACAAUUCAACAAACAUAAUCAUGAACUUAAACAUUAACAUACAUUAAUUAAAUGUAACAAAACAAAGGGAUAUUAACUUUACACAUUCAAGAACUAUUUACAUGUCAAGCCAUGUACGGCUACCCAGCAGCAUCAUUUAAUCGAUCAGAGGCGGGUAUCAGUCGGGAUAUUGAAAUUAAAGAGAUGUGUUUUGAGUGCAGUUUUGAAGGCUGUGAUGGUCGGUAUAUUGUGAAUGUGUAGUGGAAGAGAAUUCCAUUGUUUGGGGGCACAGAAAGAAAACGAUCGAUCACCGUAUGUUUUUGUGCGAGUCUUGGGGACAGAAAGAAUAUGCGCGUCUGCGGAGGAGUGAAGCUGUCGAAGGGGUGAAUAGAGAGAAGUUCGGUUAGAUAGGUAGGGGAAGAAUUUGAGAAAAAGUUGUGGCAGAGAACAGAGAGUUUGUAGUCAAUCCGUGCUUGUGCAGGGAGCCAAUGAAGUGAAAGAAGUGGUGUGAGGUGAUCAUGUUUUUUUUUUUGCCUUUAGUACUAGCCUAGCAGCUGAGUUUUGAACCUUUUGUAAUUUUUCUAGGAAGUGUUUUGAUGAAACUGAUAGAAGAGAGUUUCAAUAGUCAAGAUGAUAGAGAACUAGAGCACAGACUAGGGUUUUUGUUUCUCUUUCCUUUCAUCAUCCCGUUGGCGUUACAACCCAUGUAGGGCUUUAGCCUGCUUCACUAUAUCCUUCCAAUCAGACCUGAUUCUUUUUUUUUCAUGCUUAGAUUCCCAGCUGCUGUUGAUCCCUCUCCACAUCAUCCAUCCAUCUAAGCCUAGGUCUGCCUUUGAGCCAUUUUCCUCUGGGGUUUCGGUGAUGCACCCUCUUUUUACUCCUCUGUCCUUUGGCAUUCUUUCUAAAGUUCCAACCCAGAGUAGCCUACCCUUUUUUUAUUUCUACUAUUAGUGUGGGAUCCCGAUAAAGAAAAUGCAAUUCCUGGUUGGUUCGUAUUAUCCAUCCAUAUUUAUCCUUUUUUUAUUUUUUAUAUUUUCUGGAUAACUUUCUUCUCCCAUGUGUUAAAUAGGUUUUCUGCCAUUUUUGUGAGGGUCCAAGUUUCUCUUGUGAAUGUAACAAUUGGUCUGAUUACAAUUUUUUAUAUAGUUUUCUUUGUUUUUCUUGUAAUGUUUUUAAUUUUGAGUAUUUUAUGACUACUGGAAAUAGUAUGGCCUGUUUCUGGUAUAUAUUCUCUCUUUCCUUUAGUCUGAAUUGGAGUCAAGGAUUCUCUUCUUUAGUAAUCUACUUUCUUCACUUUUUACUCAGGAUGACAGUGCCCCAACCAUCCUUCUCUAUCCUGACUUAGACUAGGUUGUGGUAUGAGUUUUCAAUAUUUUAAAUUAGUUUUAAAAAAAGUUAAUUUCCAUUUAUUUCAGAAAUUCGGAUUAUAGUGGCAACAACCGCAAUCAUCACAGGAAACUCUUUUCUUGAGCAACUUAUUGAAAAACCAACAAGAUAAUCUUAAAUUGCUUAUUUUUUUUUAUCUUAGUUUUAUACAUAUCUUUCACAUAAUGUUCUUGCCACAAAAAAUUGAAUUUAUAGGUUUUUAAAAAUGAAAUGAAUGAUUUUGAUAAGCAUUUAGUUAUUAUAUUAAUUAUUUAUAAAUAUUUACAUUUCUGUUACUUUGUCCGGGAAUUAUAAUUUAUAUGCUGAUUAUAUUCUGGUGUCAAAAGUUGAUUAACAUCUUAAUUUUAAAAAAGUUUCUUUAGAGUCACUAUUGUACGUAUAGCGUAUGUGAUUGUUGUGCUUGGUUUAUAAUUUCCAGUGGAGUAGUUUUAAAACCUGUUUAUGUAGAAAAUAAGUUUGUUUUUUUUUCACACCAAAAUGCAAAAAGCAUAUUUGUGAUAACACUUCCCGUGUUGAAAGAAAUCGUACAGUACAGCAUUUUGUCUUCAUGAUGAUGAUAUUUGUAUUACUGGUAUCAAAAUCAGUUGCACAACAUGUGAAGAGGCUUAAUUUUUUUUAGUUUUGUAUAUAUACUGACCUAUAGUUAUAAUGAUUUCAUCCUGCAUUCCAAAAUCUACUUUUAACAAAUAAUUCUAAAUUUAUUUUCCACAUAAAACAAUUUUUUUUUCAUUGUGUUAAUGCUUUAAAUUAAUAAGCUAGGGAAAUAUUUAUGAAAUUUAAUGGGAAAUAUAACUACAUAAUAAUUAAUAAUACCUUAGAAAUAUUGGCUGUAAGUGUUCUCCCGCAAACAGAACAACUGAAAAAAACAAAAUAGAGAACAAAUUUUUAACCAAAAAAAAAUCAAAAUAAAUUGUUGGCUUUAGAGAUAACCCAGAAAGUCAAUGAGGUAGUGAAUGAAAUGUCAAAGUUAUAAGCUCACAACUCAUGAAUUUGAUCUCAACAUGUGAGUGGUAAUAAACACAUUUUUUCUAUCAAAGUAAGUUAUAAUUGAAAGUUGGUCAUAAGUCAUUUCUUUGGUGUAAGUGUAAGCAAAUUCUCAGUACUGUUUCAGAAAAGUGAUAUCAGUUUUUAAAGGCAUAUUAUCAAAUCAACAUUUCAUCAACCUGGGGUAAAACAAACAACUGACAGCAAAUUCAGUCUUGCAUUAUUGAUCGAGGGAAGGGGAGACAGGAUCUCCUGGUGGAGUAACAUGGAGUAGACUAACCAAUGGAAUUUUUAAAAAAAAACACCCUUUUAUUAAUAAGUAAAAAGAAAGUAAGAAAAAAAAGAUAAUAACAUUAGUACAUAGGCCUAUAUAUUAUAUUUGUUGUAAAAAGGAAAAUAAAUUAUUUUAAUACA